UUUUGGCUUUUUUCCUCACUUAAAAAAAAAAAAAAAACAAAAAAAAAAAACAAUUUACAGCAAAAAGGAAAAAAAAAAUGGUUUUCUCAGAAAAUUACAUUAUUAUUAUUCCACAUUUUCUGUUAUUCUUCUUCUUGGCUUUCAUUUCAAGAUCAAGAAGUGCCGAAAUCUGCCCAGAAACCACUUGCCCAUCGAGCGGAAUACCGGUGAAAUUCCCAUUCCGAUUGUCCCACUACGGCGCCGUUCGCUGCGGCUAUCCAGGCUUCGAACUCUCGUGCAACCACCGCAGCGACCCGAUCGUCUCCCUCCCGUCCGGCGAUUUCGCCGUCAGGUCUAUUUACUACGAGAGGCAAACGUUCUGGAUUGACGAUCCCGAAACGUUUUGCCUCCCGAAACGUCUGCUUCAAAGAAACUUCAGCGUUUCGGGAACCAGUUUCAAGGUAGGCAAUCUCGUACAUUUCACUUUCCUCAACUGCUCCUCCGACGCCGCCACGACCACGAGAGCGAAAUUGAUGCCGAUUUCGUGCAUGAGCGGGAAUAAUUUCACGGUGGCGGCUAUUCCGGCGGAGAUUUUCACGGUGCCGCCGCCGAUGUGCUCGGUAAUUUCUACGGUGUUGUUUCCGGUGGAAGAAUGGUGGUUGGAUGAUUGGGGAAUAUAUUUGAAUGCAAACAUUGAGUUGAGUUGGGAUGAACCGAGAUGUGGUGUGUGUGAACAGAGAGGUGGAGAUUGUGGAUUUAAAAGGGAAUCUGGGUUGCAAAUUGAGUGCUUUAAUCUGGGAAACCAUAGUCUACCAACGAUUUCCCAGUAUGCCAUACUCACUACAGCUGCAAUACUAGGAAUUCUGUGCUUCAUCAGGCUUCGAUACAUAAGAAGAAUUGGAGCCUCUGGUGGUCAAAACAACAAUGACUUAGCCUCCGCCUUAUCAGACACCAACCAACACUCCAUUACGGGUCUGGAGGAUCCGAUUAUUGAAUCCUACCCGAAGACCCUGGUUGGGGAAAGUGGUAGGCUUCCCAAAGCUAAUGAUAAUAUUUGCCCUAUAUGUCUCUCUGAAUACAGACCAAAAGAGACGCUGAGGACCAUCCCUGAAUGCAACCAUUAUUUUCAUUCUGAUUGUAUUGAUGAAUGGCUCAGAGUUAAUGCCACCUGUCCUUUGUGCCGGAAUCUACCUGGGACCCUCUUUAGUCAACUUUAGGUCUAGCUAGUAGCUACCUUUGUAGAUGUUAAUCAAGAAUCUUCUUUCCCAUUGUUUUUCUGACUGGUCAUAUUCAUCAAUAUAUGUUAGCAUUAUGUAUA